GAUUUUCCUAACGAUAUUUUACCACAAUUGCACAUCGUCAGCAUUAAUUAUGUUUUAAAUGUGAUUAAAUGUGAUUAAAAUUGAUUUAAAUGUUUUAAAUUAGGCUGUUAGUUAUUUUUGUUGUCAUCCUUCGAUACAUCGGUACAUAUAUAAAUAGACCAUGUGCGUUGGUUACUUGUAUGGCCGACAAGUAAGAAUCCAUCUAUACAAGUUACGUCAUGACCGAACCCACAACGCGGCGAUUCGCUGCCGCGCAAAUUAGAUGUAUGUUUGGAUGAGGGCGGAACCAAAAAUCCAUACACAUAAGGGCCUUACGUGUAUGGAUGAUAACUCCACCUCUUGCGCAUUUUUGGACCUGGCAUACAUAUCGUGCAGCUACGAAGCAGUAAGCACUUGUCCGUGUAGUAAAUCCAUGGGCAAAAUGUCCGAAAAUUACCGAGCUGCCCAUUUCUGAAAACUUUAUAGUUCUUUGUUAUUUGAUUGAAUUAAAAAAUCAACAAUUUACUUCCAAUAAUUUCAUUUAGUGAAAAUGUCUGCAAAAGAACCAAUCUCAGCGGAUACGCAUAUAUUUUUUACCGACCCUAAUAAACCCGGGCAAGUGUUUGCGAUUAAGCGCAAUCAAAACGCACCGGCGAACGGACAAAGUACAUCUUUAGCAGAGGCCUAUCGUAAAUCCUACAUGAAAUCCUACCAGCCAUCCACUGCUGGCACACAGUCGGAAAAGGAAUCAGAGCCAGGUGCAGUACAAGCUCCAGUUCCAUCUUAUUCCACUGGACUUCCGGGAGAUGUUGAAGUUGAAACGGAAGGUGAUUACGACAAUCCACAAAAGCCUGGAAAACCGGCUGAGCCUGGAGAUCCGGCUGAAAUUGAAGAAUCGGGCGAUGGAGAAGAGGCUCUCGGAACGCAAACCAGGUACAAACGCAAGCGAAUUCCUGCAGACGAAAAAACCUUGAAUAAGCUGAAAGCGGUGCUGGAAAAGAAUCCAUCUGACUAUCCAGAAAAAUCAGUGGAGCGAAGAGAAGCGUGGGUUUCAGCUGUAAAAUUAGCCAACGGAGAUGAUAAAAUCAACGUUAGAGAGACCGACAUAAAUGCCAUCAAAGCUGUGGUGCAACGACAUUUGAAGACGUAUAAAUCCAUCGAUAACGAAGAUCGCCCUACGGGAACGGAAAGAGACAUCGAAGUCUUUGACGAAUAUAUGCAGGUCAUGGAGCAAAUUUCUAAUUAUAAAGAAUCGGCACCUCUGGCUAUUCGCAAACCUGAAAAGGCAAAAAAAGAUGCUGCCAUUGCCAUACGUGCAAGGGCAACUAAGCUUGCAAUGACAAGUGGAAUGUCCGUGGAAAAGUUUGGCGACUUAAUGGACAACGGAUUAGGUGGCCAUACAGACAGCUACGAUGCAGAUUUUGAGAAUGGCGAUUUAGCCGAACGCUGCGAUGACAUGCGAUUUGACAAGGACGAGUUAUUGACAGUUGGUGAGGACGGUCAAUUUGAAUCAUUUUCCACGCUGGAUAAAAAAGCCAGGCUAUCCGGCUGCGACGAAAAAAGCCUUUUGAAAAGUUCCAGCGAAGAAAUCUCAGUCGCGAAUGAAAGCUUUAUGAAAGGCGCUAUGGCUACUGCAAGAAAAGCCGGAAAGCCGGCUGGUGUUCAGACACCGAAAAAGUCACCUUUCAAAGGCAUUAAAGAAGUUGCUGAAGCAGCGCGAAGAAAAGCAACCCACAUUCGCGGUAGCAGACAGCAAAUAGCUGCUUUGGCUGGUGGGCUGCAAUCGGCAGUGGAAAAGAUGUCUGACGGAGAACGCAUUACUAGCGCUAUGGAGCGGGAAGAGCGGGCCUUAGAUCGUGCUGCGGAAAAAGAAAAAGCCGAUGCUGAUCGAGCGGAGCGGAUUCAAAAGGACAAAGAAGACCGUGCGGAAAGAGAAUUAAUUCGACAACAGCAAAUCGAAAAAGAGGAACGAGACAGAGCCGAAAGAGAAGCCGUUCGAAAAUUGGAGCUUGAGCGGUUUAAAAUUGAAAUGGAACAUCGCGAAAAAGAGCAAGAAAAACGAUCGGAUGAAGUCAAAACGUUAAUUGGAUUCAUGGGCGAUUUUCUUAAAAAAUCUAAAACUACAAAAAAAUCUCAGGCGUCUGAAAAUGUUAAAAUAGCUGAGUAA